GUUACCACAGGACACUCGUGUACCGCUGCUGGACCUCAGCUACUAGCAACAAGCAGCGCUCCUGACUGACUCGGAUUAUCUCUCCAGCUUUCCUCACCUCUGGAUAUUCUGCUCUUUGCAUAUACAGCAGCAACUUCAAAGUCCCACACCGCUCACAUUUGCAGAAUUAAUGUGUCGGCUCUGGGCUUUUUUUUGUUUUUUGCGUAUUUUUGCUUUUAAUGCGUGCACUCUGAACCGGAGCGACGCACCAACCGAACGGACCGAUUUACUUUAAGGCUUUGGUUACAUUCAUUGACAGCGUGCGUGGAUUUAAGGACAGAGUGUACUGGCUGUGACAUUACGGAGCACAAUGUCGGUGAAAAAGACUUCACCUGGGUGGCUUCAGGGGCAAGUUGUAUGACACGAUAUAUUUAGCCUAUUAGAAAAUAGGAGCUGUGGAUCAGCGGACGCAGGCGGCAGCCUACACUCACUAUGAAGUAAAACAUGACACACGACUGUGUGACGGUGCGAGAGGCGACUGGAGCGACAGUGUUUCUCUCCCCUGGCUUUUAGUCUUUUCGUCUUUUCAGGGCUUCGAGGUAGCAGCGCGGCACUUGGGUUGUUAGCACUUGUAGCAUUUGGACUGUAGCGAUGUUUAAUUUGUGAAGGAGACACAAAAGAAUAAAUGAAUAACAUCACAAAAGACGGCAAAGUUUGACUGUUAGCUACGUUUGUCCGAAGCCUGAAAGGUCACCGGGAAUCCACCUCCUCCUCCUCCUCUGGCUCCUAUCAGUCUGUUAUGAAGAUGUGAACUCUUCCUUCCCUCCGCUCCUCUUUCUCUCAUCGCCGUCCAGGACGCUUUGAUCCCCCCCCCCCUCCCUCUAUUUACCACACAGAGACCACAUCCCGACUCCCGCCUCUCGGAGAUGUACGAAAGCGUGGAUGUUGUGGGUUUAAGCCCAAGCCCCAGCAGCCCAAGCACGGGCUCUUUUCUAAGCAUGGACUACUACCACAGACCCCCGGGGCUCGGGCCGGAGAAGGGACUCUUGUCCGUUGUAGGAGGACUCCAGCGCCCCUUUGGAGGGUCUCUGCUGACCGGCAGGCACUGGAGCGGAUCCAGCCACUCCAUAGAGACCGAGAGCACGAGCUCAGGGGAGGACCUGCUUGUCCCCAGUCCUCCCUCACCUCCUCCACCACCUCGUAUCUACAAACCCUGCUUUGUCUGCCAGGACAAAUCAUCAGGAUACCAUUAUGGAGUCAGCGCCUGCGAAGGCUGCAAGGGUUUCUUUCGGAGGAGCAUUCAGAAGAACAUGGUGUACACGUGCCACCGGGACAAAGUCUGUGUCAUCAACAAAGUGACGAGGAACCGGUGUCAGUCAUGUCGACUGCAGAAGUGCCUGGAUGUGGGCAUGUCUAAAGAGCUGGUGCGAAAUGACCGAACAAAGAAGAAGAAGGAAGAGAAGAAGCAGCCAGACACAGAGAUCUACGUCCUGUCAGCAGACACGGAGCAGAUGAUCGAACGAGUUCGCCGGGCCCAUCAGGAUACAUUCCCCUCCCUCUGUCAACUGGGAAAAUACACCACGAGCAACAGCUCGGAGCAUCGCGUGGCUCUGGAUGUGAGUCUCUGGGACAAGUUCAGCGAACUGUCUACCAAAUGCAUUAUUAAGACAGUGGAGUUUGCUAAGCAGCUCCCAGGCUUCACCACCCUAACCAUCGCUGAUCAGAUCACGCUGCUCAAAUCCGCAUGCCUCGACAUACUGAUUCUGAGGAUCUGCACCCGCUACACUCCAGACCAGGACACCAUGACCUUCUCCGACGGCCUCACCCUCAAUCGUACUCAGAUGCACAACGCCGGGUUCGGACCUCUCACAGACCUGGUGUUCGCCUUUGCCAACCAGCUGCUUCCGCUGGAAAUGGACGAUGCAGAAACGGGGUUACUCAGUGCCAUCUGCCUGCUCUGUGGAGAUCGUCAGGAUCUGGAGGAAUCAGAGAAGGUGGAUAUUCUUCAGGAGCCGAUGCUCGAAGCUCUGAAGCUCUAUGUGAGGAGGAGGCGGCCUGACAAACCCUGCAUGUUCCCCAAGAUACUGAUGAAGAUUACUGACCUCAGGAGCAUCAGUGUUAAAGGAGCAGAGCGAGUGAUCACACUGAAAAUGGAGAUCCCUGGCUCCAUGCCUCCUCUCAUCCAGGAGAUGCUGGAGAACUCUGAGGGACUGGAGGGGCACGGAGCAGGGGGAGGAAAAGGAAGAGGAGGAGCCAGGAGGGAGGUGGAAGAAGAACCGGGAAGCUGCCGUUCAAGUCCGAUGCACAAACCGGUCCAUUUUCCCAGCCCGAGCCCCGUUCCCCGCUCCCCCUCCUCUCCUUCCCCUCCCUCCACCUGAGGCUCCACAGUCUGCAAACAGCAAUAGAGGAACUUGAGCAGAGCAUCUUGCUCUGAGAGGGAAUGUUUGAACCCAUGAACUUUCUGAGUUGUUGGUGACCUGCUUGUCCAUGCUGUGUGGACUGCUUGUGUUGACAAAUCAUGGUUCUUGAUGUUAAAUGCAAAAAGUCAACACAUUUCUUUUUAAUGAUGUAUAAAAAGCUGAUGACGUGGACAGACCGAACAGAACUCCUCGUGAAUCAGAUUUCCUUCAGUGCAAAAAGUCACGUGCUGUAUAGUCGGGAGAAUUAUUGUGUGUAAUAUAGUGUAUAUAACAAAGGCUGUGAAAAAAGAAGAAGCUGAGACGGAGACAGGCUGAUACAAGAGGUUAUUUUCCUAACUGUACAUAUGUAAAUACUGUAUUUUUCCCAGCGCAGCUAACCAGCCUUCACCUCACCAACACAAAUACACUUCACCUCCUCUCUUCUUACCGCUCACAAGGAUAAAUAAAAAUCUUGGAGACUUUGUAGAUCAUCAUCAUCAACUUUGGAUUAUUUUCAGAUUCAAGUCCAGCAACUUAAAGUAGCUUCAACAGACUGUGAAACACAUGAAAUUAGUUUUAUAUAAUAAUAACCUGUCUUCCCUGUUGGUGGACAUUAUCAACCAAAGCAGAGUUGAUAGACGUGUCAUCAGUAACAUCAGUAACAUCUAUAUGUUCAAGCUGUGUUUUGAGGCUGCAGUGGUGCCCUUAAAGCAUUGUUACAACUGAAUUCAUUUUCAGUGGUCACCGUAUGUACAGAAUCACCAGUCAGGUUAACUGUUUAAGAGGGUUACCAUCUUUAUGACAAAAUAAAGCUUUAAUUUAAUUUAGUUUUUCCCCUGGGACGUUCUGCUUCUAACACCAUGUUUGCCACUGCAGAAUUCCCCCUAUCUGCAGCUGGAGUCUGUGGCAGCACGUGGAAAUAUGGUAUACAAAAAGCUGCCAAACAAAUGUUCCAUGUAUGUAGGGAGGCCACUGGCCACUCUGUAAAAUUUGCUGACUCCCCCCAGUGGCCCCUCCCCCAGCAAGACUGUGUUAUGUUGGUAAUAAUUCUAAAAAAUGUGAGCACGAGAGAGGAAGACACCCUACAGUGGGUUUAAACAUUAACUCAGGCGCUCCUGGUUUGUAUGCCAAAUUUUGUUCAUGGACUUUCUGGAACUUAUCAAAAGAAAAUAAUAUCAUUUGUCCUCUAGAGGGCACUGCAGUAGAAACAUGUUUUUGCCUAUCAGUGCCCGGCUCCCUCACUGCUUUCUGCUCAGUUGUGUUUUUUAUUGUGUGCACCUCUUGAUGUCACCGUCUGUUUACACAGUAUUCACUACAACUUCCCUACUGUCAGGCACAAUUCAUCUCUAUUUCAGUGUUGUCCCCUUUACUGUGUGGUGAGGUAACACUGGAAAGUCUCCCAUACAGAGCGUUCAAAUAAAGAAGCAUCACUCUCUUAUAAAUUGUAAAAAUAUGUGUUUUUGUCUUUGGUGCUAUUCACAGUGAUUUUAUAAACAGGAAAAUCCAUGUUUAAAUAUGUAUGAUUAACGUUGUAUUGCCCAACAGUAUGUUUAAGCUGAUACCAGUACAGGACUUUGACAGAGUCCAGCAGCGGUACUGGACAGUGUGCAUGUCUGAAAGGUCACCAUUAUAAUCAUAAUCACAACACACAUCCAUGUGUACAUCACAAAGAUGGCUACAUCUGAUAGCAUGCUCAGUGAAUACCUUAAUCUGCAGAAACGCAGGAAGAAGAACCAUCAUGGAAAGACAGGCCCCUGCAUGGUUUGUACCACUGGCAGAUAAGAGAAAGUAGCUGACAUCUAGAAAAUCUACCAGUGCCUGGACAAAGCUGGACUGAAAAACGCCAAAAACGCACUAAUCAUGGCAGCACAGGAACAAACUCGAUACAAACUGACCCCAGGUGCAGGCUAGCACCUGGGGUCUUCCUGAGACAAUGCAGCACAUGAAAGCAGGGUGCAAAAUGCUAGCAGACAGGGCGUAGAUGGAACGCUAUAACCAAGUGGAAUGUCUGUGCUUAGUUUGGCCUGAAAGUCCUCAGGUCAAAAUGGGAGCUACCCCCUAGGAUGGUCAAGAAUGAUGAAGCUAAGAUCCUGUGGGACUUAGAGAUACGAACAGGCAAACUGGUGAUGGCUAACCAACCUGACAUAGUAGUGAUGGACAAGCAGAGGAAGCUGUAUUAGAUGUAGCUAUACCAAGUGAUAGCAGCAUCAGGAAGAAGGAACAUGAAGCUGAAGAAAUACCAAGGGCUGAAAGAGGAGCUCAAGAAGAUGUGAAGGCAACAGUGGUCCCAGUGCAAUUGGAGCACUCAGGGCAGUGACUCCAAACUGGGCGAGUGGCUCCAGCAGAUUGCAGGAACAACAUCCGAGAUCUCUGUCCAGAAGAGCACAGUCCUAGGAACAGCCAAGAUACCGUGCAGGACCCUCAAGCUCCCAGGCCUCUGGUAGCUUGCAGGAUAAAGACUGCCCACAACUUGAGUGGGGAAUUUUUUCGACUAAAUAACAUCACUGCUUCUUUAAAAAAAUAAAUAAAUAAAUGAAUAAAUCUCAACAUAAUAAAUA